AAUGCUACCAUAACAUGUGGUGUGGCUCCCGUCUCGUGGUUAAACUUACUCAGCUCUGAAACACCAAAGCUCUUAACCCCUUCCCCUUCCUCUCUCUCUCUCGAUCGACAUAAAUCUUUCUAUUUUUCAAGUUUCUGUUCGCUGCCUCUUUGUUACAUUGGUAAGCAAAGCUAUCUUACCUUCUUUCUUCUAAUAGAUAUAAGGUACAAUUUGAGUCUCCUUUUAUUGAAAUUCAACCUUUAGUUUGAUUACUUGCAUACCCACUUCUUACAAAAUUGUAAAAACCAUAUCUUUUUUUUUUUCUUUUACUCUUAUUAGAGUAGCCAGUAUAUUUGUUAGUUGGUUUAGAGGCUUGUUCAUUAGUCUUAAAUAGUCACUGAGAAAUAGCAAAGAAAUCUUUUUGUUUCUCUCUCUCUCUCUCUCUCUUCGUGUGUGUGUUUUCAUGGCUUCUUCAUUGAUCAAUGGAGCUCAGAAUCUCAAGCUCAUUAGUGGCAUAACCAUAACUCCAACUGGGUUUGGUUUUGUUGGGUCAACUUUCCAGGAUAGGCGCUUGCCCAAUAAGAAGGGCUUAGUGUCUUUUGGUAGGAAUUACAAGGCUGGAACUUUAACACCCAGAUGCAGUAUAUCAUCCUUAAGGCCAGCUUCCCAGCCUAGGUUUAUACAGCACAAAAAAGAGGCAUUUUGGUUCUAUAGGUUCUUGUCUAUAGUAUAUGAUCAUGUCAUAAACCCUAUUCACUGGACUGAGGAUAUGCGGGACGAGGCGCUUGAGCCUGCUGAUCUCUUUGAUCGGAAUAUGAUAGUGGUAGAUGUAGGUGGUGGAACUGGGUUUACCACUCUUGGUAUAGUUAAGCAUGUGGAUGCCAAAAAUAUUACAAUUCUUGACCAGUCCCCACAUCAGCUUGCCAAGGCGAAGCAGAAGGAGCCCUUGAAGGAAUGCAAGAUAGUUGAGGGUGAUGCAGAGGACCUUCCGUUCCCAACUGAUUAUGCGGAUCGAUAUGUAUCCGCUGGGAGUAUCGAGUAUUGGCCAGAUCCACAGCGUGGAAUCAAGGAGGCAUACAGGGUACUGAAGAUAGGGGGGAAAGCCUGUCUUAUAGGUCCUGUUUACCCAACCUUUUGGUUGUCUCGUUUCUUUGCAGACGUGUGGAUGCUCUUUCCAAAGGAGGAAGAGUACAUUGAAUGGUUUCAGAAGGCUGGUUUCAAAGAUGUUAAACUAAAAAGGAUUGGUCCAAAAUGGUACCGUGGCGUCCGUAGGCAUGGCCUGAUCAUGGGUUGCUCUGUAACAGGUGUGAAGCCCUUUUCUGGAGACUCUCCCCUACAGCUUGGUCCAAAGGCAGAGGAUAUAAAGAAACCUGUGAAUCCAUUUGUUUUCCUUUUCCAGCUCAUUCUUGGUGCGAUAGCUGGAGCUUACUUUAUACUGGUUCCAAUUUACAUGUGUAUCAAAGAUCAAAUUGUUCCAAAAGGGAUGCCUAUCUAAUAUGGGAGGAAGCAAUGGAAAAUAAUUAUCAUUUUCUCAUUUCAUCAAGUGAAUAUUAGACAGCUUGUGAUGGUUAGUGUGUCCUCUGCUCAAGAUAAACCUGUUAAUAGCAAACCAGAUGAGGUAUCUAGUUGCUUCGGGUGGACAAAUUUGCCUCAGGGCUUAGUGCUGUUUGGGGCUACAAGUCUACAACCCCAAUAAGGUUGUUGCAAUGGUUUUUUAGUCAUUAGCGCAUGUAACCAACUUACCGUGAUUGACAUUAUUUAUUUACUAUUUCUCAGAUAUACUUUCACUUUUAAGGGUAAUCAUGGUCUUGGGCAUUUUUAAAUACACUUAUGGAAGGAUUAGCUGUGAAGAAACAGAGAGGUAAUGUAAUGAAGUUAACAAUUUCAUUGACAGUGAGCA